UCUCUCCCCUCUUCUCUUCUGUCUCUCUCUCUCUCUCUCUCUCUCUUAACUUUCUCACAGAGGCCUGCAGUGUUUGCAGUCUGCUUGAUUUCUUAGACAAAGCUCCGCCCUCCCCCGCCCACCCUCCUCAAGUUUCCAUUGACUGCCGUCCACAAUGGCCGACCGAGUCCACCCCCGCGACUCGCCCCUACACAACGAGACGGCGCCGUUUCCUUACACCUCCUCAUCGGAAUCCCCCCGAAAGCCCUCCCCUCCGGAGUCCGAGAAGCCAGUCCCUUCGCCGGGCACCUACGUCAUCCAGAUCCCCAAGGACCAAGUCUACCGCGUCCCGCCGCCAGAGAACGCAACCCGCUACAAGAAUUACACUCGUCAGAACCCUCGCCGAAGUUCCUGCCGCUGCUGCUUCUGCUGGUUCUUCGGCCUCGUUGCCGCCCUCAUCCUCCUCUCCGCCGCCGCCGCCGGCAUCUUCUACCUCGUGGUCCGCCCCAAAUCCCCCAACUACUCAAUCGAUAGCAUCGCGUUCAGAGGAUUCAACUUGACGGCGCCGUCCCCGUCCUACGCCAUCUCGCCGGAGAUCCAGGUCACCGUUCGAGCCCAAAACCCUAACAAAAAGAUCGGGAUCUACUACGGAAAAAAGAGCUCCGUCAAACUCUUCUACUCCGACGUCAAAUUGUGCGACGGAGCUCUGCCGGCGUUUUACCAGCCGUCAAGCAACGUAACGGUGUUCCGGACAGCGUUAAAGGGGUCAGGGAUCGAGCUGACGAGCACGGCACAGCAGGGGUUAGUGGAUGCGCAGAAGCAGGGGAAGGUACCGUUGGGAUUGGACAUAAGAAUGCCCGUUAGGAUUAAAGUGGGGCCCAUAAAGACGUGGACGAUCAAUGUCAAGGUUGGGUGUGAUCUAACGGUGGAUAAGCUGACGACGGAGGCCAAGAUUGUGUCAAAGGACUGUGAUUACAGUGUGGAUCCAUGGUGAAAAAUCAAUCAACUAAGAAGGGAAGAUAAAUGAGAGAAUAUAUAUAUAUAUAUGUAUGAUUAGUUUUGUUAAUUGUUUUGAUUUGUUAACUAAAUAUGUUUUUAGAUUUAUACGGUUACGAUUUUACCAAUUGCAGACUUAUUAUUUAGCCACACAAAUGUUUAGCUAUAAUUUUAAUAUAUAUGUUCUUUGAUAAUUUGUUAAAAAAAAAAUAAAAAAUAAAAAAACGACUUAACUCUUUA